AUGCAGAUAGUAUUAGUUUCACUGUAUAACUUGAAAGAACGCGGCGGCAAGGGCAUGGAAGAAGCGGCUGAGAAUAGGAACUACCUGGCGCAGAGGAUGGCGGAUGAGAUCCACGAGAUCAUCAGGGUCCUACAGCUGACGUCGUACGUGGAGGACGGCGGCGAGAAGGACAACAUCACCGUGCUUAAAGCUCUCCAAAGUCAGAUACACACCAAGAUAGGCGCCGCACACGAGUUUUUGAAUGACGCGGCGGCGCUGCGCAACAGCUCCGGCGAGCGAGCCCUGCGCUCCGUGCUCACGUCGGCCCAGCGCGCCGCCGAGCACCUGCCGCCCGCGCCCGCCGACGCAGUCGCCGCGCGCGUCAGGUCCGGGGGCUACAACGCGGACCAGCUGUGCGACGAGCGCCAGGUCGGGCGCGGCCGGGACCACAAGGCUUUGAAGCUAGCUGCAGAGUUGGGCACGCAACUCAACGAGCUAGAGGGAACCGUCAACGAGGGCGUAAGGGCCGUGGAGAAGCAGGGAGGGAGGACCAUGCAGGCCAGACUGGAAACGGCCCACAAAUGGCUUCUCCACCCGGCUGCGGAUGCGGUCACAAGGGUUGAAGGCCAAAAGGCGAUCAACAGCAUCGUCUCGCAAGGCCAGAGGAUCGCGGACGGGCUGCAGGGUCGCGAGAAGGCGGAGGUGCUGCAGCAGUGCGGCGAGGUGCAGCGGCUGGCCGACCGCCUGGCCGAGCUGUGCGCCGCAGGCCGGGGAGACUCCGACGAGGCCAGGGCUCUCACCAGGGAGCUGACGGACAAGCUGCACGCGCUGCGCGGCGCCACGGAGCGCGCCGUGGUCAACCGCGUGGUGGAGGAGUUCAUCGACGUCGCCGCGCCGCUGCGGCACUACAGCGACGCCGUCGCCGCGCCGCCCGGCGCGGCGGGUCGCGACGCCGAGCUGCAGCAGCGCGCGGCCGCCCUGCGAGCGUUCAGCGGGCGCGCCGCCGCCGCCGCGCGCACCGUGGCCGCGGGCGCGGGGCACCACAAGCGGCUCGCCGACCAGCUGCUGCACUACGCCGCGCAGGUGGAGAAGCUCUCGCCUCAAGUUAUCGCGGCUGGUAAAAUCCGGUUCUACAACCCGGACAGCAAGGUGGCGGAGGAACACUUCGACAACCUGAAGGGGCAGUAUUCGGAGGCGGUGCUGCGGGUGCGGGACCUGUGCGACCAGGCCGUCGACCCCCUGGACUUCGUCAGGACCGCCGGCGAGCUGAUGCAGAAGCACACGUACCUGUGCGAGGACGCCAUCCGCAACAACGACUCGCAGAAGAUGGUGGAUAACACUUCGGCUAUAGCCAGGCUGGCCAACCGCGUGCUGCUGGUGGGCGGGUCGGAGCGCGACAACACGGAAGACGGCGAGUUCGCCCGCGCGCUGGACGCCGCCCACCGCCGUCUGCAGGCCGCCAUUCCCGCCGCCGUGCGCAGGGCCAAGGGCGUGGCGCAGGCCGACCGCGCGCAGCUGCCGCACUGGAGGGCCGCCAACGCAGAGAUAAUUAAAGCAGCGAGUGAAAUGGAAUCAGCAUUGGGGCAGCACUACGCGCCCCCGCCGCCGCCGCCCCCGCCCCCGGUCCCCGCGCCAGUGGAGGACAAUCUCAGCAGGCUGACGUCACGCCUGGAGGUGUCGGCGCCGCCGCGCCCCCCGCCGCCCUCAGCCGCCGCCCCGCCGCGCCCCCCGCCCCCCGCCGACACUGACGACGAAGGGGAGGACAUCUUCAGGAGACAGCCGCAUCCCAGCCAACCUAUACUGGUCGCCGCCCACAACCUGCACAAGGCGGUCCGCGAGUGGUCCUCGAAGGACAACGAGAUCAUCGCGGCGGCCAAGCGGAUGGCGAUCCUCAUGGCCCGGCUCUCCGAACUGGUCCGCUCCGAUUCUAAAGGCAGCAAACGGGAGCUUAUAGCGACGGCGAAGGCGAUCGCUGAGGCUUCCGAGGAGGUGACCAGACUCGCCAAGAAGCUGGCCCUCGAGUGCACCGACAAGAGGAUCAGGACCAAUCUGCUGCAAGUGUGCGAGAGGAUUCCGACCAUCGGGACGCAGCUGAAGAUCCUCUCGACCGUGAAGGCCACCAUGCUUGGAGCCCAAGUCGGCAUGCCGGACUACAGAGGCAGCGAAGAGGACCAAGAGGCCACGGAGAUGCUGGUCGGCAACGCUCAAAACCUGAUGCAGAGUGUGAAGGAGACGGUGAAAGCAUCGGAAGGCGCAUCCAUCAAGAUCCGCACGGAGCAGGGCGGGUACCGGCUGCGCUGGGUCCGCCGGUCGCCCUGGUACCAGAUCUAACUUCGACCACAUCUGCUGCACCAGAGAUUAGCUCGUAGUAACUCAAUCGAACAAACGACGACAAUGCUUUGGAACCGGUCUAAUGUAACAGGGGCGGGGGUAGCGAGCCGUGACGUAAUGUCUGUCCAGUCUGCCAGCUAACCACUAAGUCUUCCUGAGUAGGGGCGGCACUAACAACUCGUGACGUCACCGCGCUCGCUUACAACAAAUAAAUGAUUGUGAACUAAAGCACUUUAGCUUUGAAACUCAAUUAUAUAUAUAUAAAUAUACAUAUCGUCUUCUCGCAUUAAAACUGUAUAAUCUCAAAACUUACUAAUUUUACAGGUUUAA